AUGCCUCUUAUGGAACGUACGACCACCGUCCGCGAUGAUCACACCCAUUGGAAGUGCGUGAGACCCGAGCGUAACGGGGGUUUCUGCAAUACAACAAUGAAUAUGUGGGAGAACCAGUGCAGAAAGUGCGCCGCUAUUCGCGAGCCAAGAUUUGCCUUUGCUAUGACUCGAGAGGGACACAAACUUGGAGUUCUUGGGAGUGUUGAUAUAGAUAAUGUCGAGAUGUGGCAUUAUGAACUGGAGACCUAG